AUGACCAAAAAAACAACUGUCCCGCAAUCGCAGCUCAAUGUCUAUGGUUCUAGCCGAAAUGGCCCACGGCUAGCCAUGGAGACCACGUUCCGGGAAUGGGUGGUCAACAACCAAAUCGGUAUCUCCAUGACCAUCCUGGCUAUGUUGCUGGCUCUGCAUAACCUUUACCCGUCGCUUCGUCCUUAUACCCAACCUUUUUUCAAAUUGUCUUACCGCAGUGAAUCCGGAGAUUAUUACGUCCAAGGAUGGGACGACGUCUACUUCGUCAUCAGCGCCGCACUUGCCCUCACAGCCGUGCGCGCCUUCGCAAUUGAAUGGGUCCUACAACCGCUGGCCCGCAGGGCGGGCUUGAAGCGGAAGGGAUCUGUCCGGUUCGCCGAACAGGGAUGGCAGGCCAUGUAUUAUGGUGUCAUUUGGGCAGUUGGAUUGUAUCUGUGGAAGAAUUCCUACUAUUGGUUCGACUUUGGAGCCAUCUGGGCGGAGUGGCCAGCUCGCCCAGUGUCGGGUCUGAUGAAGUGGUAUCUUCUCGUGGAGUUGGCCUUUUUGGUGCAACAGAUCUUCGUCAUCCACGUGGAAGAGCGCCGCAAGGAUCACUACCAGAUGUUGUCUCACCAUAUCAUCACCAGCACUCUCUUGAGCUCGGCAUACAUCUACGGUUUCUACAAUGUGUCCAACGUGGUACUGUGCUUGAUGGACGUCGUGGAUUUCCUUCUGCCCUCGGCGAAGAUCCUAAAGUACCUCAAGUUUGAAAAUGCCUGCAAUGUGGCAUUCGGCGUCUUCAUGUCCGUCUGGUUCAUAACCCGACACGUCUUGUAUAACAUGCUAUGGUGGUCUAUCUAUAAGAACGUGCCAUCUCAAAUGUCAUACGGAUGCUACUCUGGCGCUACCUCCGAGAUGAUCAGCGAGAAUGGCUACCCCGAUGCCUUUGCAUACCUCUUCGCGCCUUUCCGCAGCCUGGAGAACCCCAUUUGCAUGAACCGGAGCAUCAAGUGGAUCUUCUUGUCUUUUCUCCUGUCCUUGCAGGGCCUGUCUAUUGUCUGGUUUACCAUGAUUGUUCGCGUCGCAUACGGUGUCGUUGUUACUGGCAAUGCAGAGGACACUCGUAGUGACGAGGAAGACGAGGCCGAGGUCGAGGUUGAAGCAGGCCAAGUUCUACCCAGCGGAUCCGUGCGGCUGGCCGCUCAGGAUGGCGCUAACACUGCCACCGUUAUCAAUGACAGUGCCCUGGGAUUGGACCGCCAUCGGUCUAAUGGCACUUCAUCGGUGCGCGCUCGUGGUCGCGGCCGUGUGCCAUUUGAUCAGAGUGAUCGGAAAGCUCUAUUGGGUCGCAUUGGAUGCGAGAAGCCCACAUAG